AUGUCGGGCAACGAAACAGACCUUGCGCAAACUUUGAAGACGGCCAUGCAGGAGGAGGACGAGAAGGUCGCCCAGAAACCGACUUCCCUAAUUAUUCCAGCAGGUUCGACAGUUGAACAUGCGCCCAAAGAAAAAAUGCCGUCCAGAGUCGAUGAGAUCUUUGACCACCUGUCGAAGGACGAGCUAGAAGAGGUUGUGGUCGAAGAGCCUACUUCACAAGCCGUCGAGGAGUCUUCUCCACAAUCCACCGAGGAGUCUUUUUCCACCACGUCUGGAACAUGGAAAUUCUCAGAUCUGGUUCCUAAAGAUUAUGAGCAAUACGAGCACCCAAUAACUUUUUGGAGCGGCGAUGACCCUGAGGAUUUACUCCUGCAAACCCUCAUGGGCGAGUUCGCCGACAUCCGAUGCAGGCAACCAGAGAGUAACCACCAAUUAGCCAUCCCUUUCGUAGACAUGGUCAAGUGUGUUACUAGAGACUCCUGGAAAACUCUUGCCAUAUUCCUCCCCGAAUUUUUCAUUGACGACACGGACGCCUGCUUCGUGGUUCGAGGCAGCAAACUACACAUGGAGUUCUUGAAGGAGAUUUGGGGGGCGGGCCCGUGGAAGGGGCGAUGCUUCAUAACGCCGAUGAUGGCAUAUACUGAGGGGAUUUUGUUGAGAGGAGUAAGCUGUCAGGUGUGGGAAAAGGUAAAGAAGAGUGACUUCCGUGGGAAGAAACAUCAGUACUUCUUUGAUAGCGCAGUGGAGGCAUGGAAGAAGGUUGAGUUAGACCCACAUGCCGCUGUUGAAUAUUCGGAUCAUUCCGAAGCGCAGGAAAGGGUUGAAAAUGUGCUUGGGUUUCAAGAAGCUACAGAGACGAAUGGAAAUUCAGAGUCAAAGGACGACGGAACGGCCGACGAGGACGAGGACGAGGACGAGGAGGACGAUGAGAUGGACAUCGACGAUACGGAGCUACUCGAUGGACGGUGGUAGUCCAUGUAGUUUGGCUAUGAUGCGUCCCUGGCUAACGCUGUAAUAGGAGGGACUCCCAUAACGGUCCCCUACCCAAGGCGUUGUACCCGGAGACGCCUCCAGACACGCCCCAGACACGCCGCCUACAGAUAAAUGAUGGAACAAACGUACCCGACAUACUUCUGCUAUCUCACGGUCUUUUCAGCUUUUCUUCAUUGUCCUCAAAGCAGAUUGUCGUCU